CGAGAACCUAGGGUUUGAGCGCACAGUCCGUGCUGCUGAAUCCAAUUCGGAGCAGUGUUGUUGCUCGAAUUGGUGAGGAAUUGGUUGGAUUUGAGGCGUGACAGUGAGCGAGCGUUGAUUUUGGUGAGGUUUGGGUUUGAGAGCAGUGGUGGUGGCAGUUGGUUGCGACGCAAUUGGAGGGAGUUUUGGGGAGCUAGGUGUUGACCUAAUUGCGUGAGUGGUGGUUUUGAGAGUUGGAGUAGCGUAUGGAAGGGGUGUUAGGAUUUCGCGGAGCGCGAGCGGACAUUGUGCGUGGAGGGAGGAGUGGGUGCAUGGUGAUGGUUGUGUGAGAAAUGGGAGGUGCAGAUGGUGUUGUGUUGAAGAGGGCGGAGGUGGAGAGAGCGGUGGUGUAGGAGGAGUGAGUGAUUUUUUGGGUAAGGGAGGGCGAAGGUGGUGAGUUGGAUGGAAAAUUGGAGGGAGGGAAUUGUAGGGGGUAGUGAGUGGGUUUUAGGGGCGGAAGUGGGAGUGAAGGAAUUGGAGGAGGAGGUGGCGGGAGUGUGUGAUGUAGAGGUGUGAAGUUGGAGUGGAUUGAGAUUGGAAGAAGUGAUGGCGGUGGUAUCGCUGUGACGCUGAAUGCAGAGUCGCGUGGAAGUCCAAGCAUUUUAUUCUGCGAAGCGGGGGAUUAUAAUAGAUCCGUUUGAGGUGAAGAAUAGUUUCGGUUAGAGGAUAUUUUUGAAAGGUUGUAAUAUCUGCGACGUCGGAGGAGAAUAUAUUUUGAGGUUUCACGUUUUUAGAUGGCGUCUGACGAUGUCAAAGCUGCUCUUUCUGCCGCGGGGGCGGCGAAAGCGAGGAAUUUUGAGCGGACCAUGAAGAUUAUGAAGAAGGCAGUGCUGGAGGUUCAGUUAAUUUUGCUGGAUGGGGUGAAUACGGACGAGCAGCUCCAAGCAGCUGGCAAAAUUCUUUCGCAGUCUGAGUAUAGUGAUGUUGUUGAAGAGAGGUUUAUUGCCAAAGUUUGUGGUUACACGCGGUGUGCUAAUUCACUUGAUACUGAGAAUAUGAGGAAAGGUCGUUACAGAAUUUCUCUCUCUGCGAAGAAGGUUUACGAUCUUGAAGAAUCUCGCCACUUUUGCUCUCCGUCCUGUUUGAUUACUAGCAAGGAUUUCGGGAACAAGUUACCUUUCCGUCAAGAUCUUCUCGAGUCAGCCAAAAUGCUUGAGGAAAUUUUAAGUUCGGUUAGGGGAUCGCAAUAUACGGCCAGGUCGAAGCCUACGAGACUGAAGGAGGAUAACGUUAUAAAACCUUCAGCUCGACCUAGGAAUGUGAAGCGUGGGAAGUUGCGCUCUAAAGAAACUCGGAAGGCUGCACCUGCGAGCUCUGACCUUAUCGAUUCUACAGUUGAAGGGCGUGGACACUCGGAGAUAAUUAUCUCGAGUUCUAAACCCUCCGGAGUUCCUGCAGACAAAAUUCUGACAAGCGAUAAUCCUAUUGACUUUCCGUCCGUAAGUUCUGGUUUUAAUGCGAAGGACACCCUGAUUGUAUCUGAACUGAAUCAGAACAAUAACUUAGCUUCAGAGCUGAACCCUUCUUAUCAUAGUGUCCUGAUCGUGCCUUCGACAUCAAAUUUCAACGGCAAAGAUGCAAAAGAAAUUGUUGAAAGAUCUACGAAUACCCCGAAGAAGCAUCUUGAAAAAGAUUCCCUUCAGUCUUCUGAUAUCUCAAGCAAAGUGGAAACGAAGUUCGGGAAAUUAAGUAUUCAGGAACGUGUUGGAGAUCAGCCAAAUUUACCUAUUUUCGACUAUGGAGGUGCAUCCGACGCUAUUGAAGGUUAUGUGCCCUUAAGGUCCCGUAACAAGGUAGUUUCGUCUGCGGAAUCGAAAACGAAAACUGAGGUCUCGAAGGACGGAAAUUCGAGUGGUGCAACUUCUAGAAGGGAACAGGAAGAACAACGAAAGAGGAUUAGUGUGGAAAGGAAUACUUCAGGAAAAGAGCCUCGCACAACAUUACGAGACAAGGUUUUGAGCUCUGAAAGGUCAUCUAGUGGCCAUCAGAACGAAGCAAAAGUUUUUAAAGAGUGGGAAGGUCUGCUAUCUGGAAGCUCCGAAAUUGGCCCAGCCAAGAUGUGCAUCACAGAGAUGGACGGUGGUACCGCUAAGUCCGCUGCUGAGUCUAGUGCCGCAGCUUCUGCUGCAUCUACCAGCGGCAACACAAGAAAUAAUGGCAUUCAGGGAAAACCUAGCAAUUUGAAGCCAGCUUUGAAGAAGCAGGCUAAGGUGAAAAAGGGUAUCCGUAAUGUUGUGUGGGCAGAUCAAGAUAAAACGGCCUUUGAUACCGGAAUAACAGAUUCUAAAGGGAGAUCUUCCAGUACAAAAGUUGACAAAGCGCUGAUCACUGAGGAUGGUUUUGAGGAUGUAAAGGGAUUGGAGGACAAAAUAAAAUCUAUGCAAUUGGAGGAAAAGGAGCUACCACAAACAAAAUUGGUAGAGUCUAAUUUGGAUACAGUCAUGGCCGCUAGAUUGGCAUCAGCUGAAGCUAUAGCCAAUGCACUAACUGAAGCAGCGACUUCUGCUGCUACUGGAGAGGUCGAUGGUAGUGAUGCUGUUGCUCAAGCCGGAUUAUCCAUUCUUUCAGCUACCCACAAUGCUAUUCCUGCAAGGGCAGGAAGUCCACAUGAAGCGCAAGAUCGCUCAGGAGAGAUUCCUGAUUCCAUGAAGAACUGUGCAGUUGAUGAAGAUGAGCUCUAUGAAAGAGCUGUACAAGCCCGAGAAGAAAUUAGGCGAUUGAAAAUGCCAAGGAAGCAUGAAGUCGAAAGUGUCGAAGAACAUGAAAACGACGAUCUCAUUGACGACCUUGAUUUGGAGGUCGAUGCCAAUUUCGACGACGAUGGUGAUGCUGACGACGACGACGACGACGAUGACGAUGAUACAAGUGGAGGUUUCGAAGGUGCAAGUGAGGUUGGAUUUAUGGCACCUCCGAAAGGAUUCAAAGCUGAGGUAUCUUUGUUUGGGACAAUAUUUAUGGCAUUAGAGAGUUGGACCUCGGGUGCUGCGCUGGCUCACAUAUAUGGCAAAGAGCCUCAGGAAGAGGACCAAUACCUGUCCGUGAAUGGGAGGGAGUAUUCUCGACAAGUUGUCAUUGGUGAUGGUGUUUCUUCUGAAAUCUUGCGUACCUUCUCGCUUUGUGUUUCACGAGCACUUCCUGAAGUUGUCCGUGCCCUCCGUCUGCCUGUUCCUAUGUCUACAUUGGAAGUGGCAAUGGGUAAGUUAAUCAAGAAUAUGAGCUUUGUCGAAGCAUUGCCUCCACUCUCAACAAAACAGUGGCGUAUGCUGGUGAUUGUUCUGUUGGAUGCCCUGUCUGUUCAGCGGUUACCACGGUUGGGAGUGCACUUAAUGAACAACCGCUCUGUGCUGCGUAAGGUGCUAGACUCUACUGGAACUAGUGAAUCGGAAUACGAUGUUUUUCGCGACGUGUUGCUCCCUUUGGGUCGGUCGCCAACCUUUUCAACUCUUAGCGGUGGCUGACAUGCACUCUUUUUAACCUAUCCCAAGUGGAAUUUUCGCCAUCACAAGCCGGUAUUUUUUUGCUAUGUGCGACAUGAGCGGACUCUAUUGUAAAGACCAUGGCUGUGGUAUAAUUGCUUCAAAGGGUAGCAUCUGAACACGAACUCGGUCUGGCUAUACCAAGCUUGCUAAUUUACGAGAACAAGUAAUGUAAUGUCUCCGGAUUGGCUAUGGAGGCAUAAAAUUCGACUCCACAGAGAUUAAGUCACUUUCUUGAGUUACCCUGAUAUAGAGGAGACUUGGUUUUUAGGUAGAUAUUCCUAGUGUCUAAGGCAAAGCUGGUCUCAAUUACAGCAUUGAUUCCUUUCUCUAGUACAAAUGAAAUCUACAGUGACUGCCAAAACUGAGUAUGAAAUCAGCUUGGUCAAAUUCAACAGACAAUGUAGGUAAAUUGGAUGCAACAAAAAUAAAACCAUAAAUUGCACAAGAUUACCAUCA